AUGGACCUGCUGGACAUGUUCAAAGCCGACACAACGGAGCUGGGUCCUGCCGAAGAUCAAGAUAGGGGGAAGACAAGCAUACCAAGCAAUAACAAUAUUCAACAGAAUGACAUAGGGUCAGGGAAUCUAAUGAUGGAUAACUACAAUGCGGACGAUUUUCUGCUAAUAGAUAAAGCAGGUAACCAGGAUGGCAUGUUUCUUGGAGAAAUGAUAGAGGAACUGGAUUUCAGCAAAUGGUUGACUGAUGAUGAUGACGUGAGUCGACCAAAUGAUAAUGCUGAAGCCGGCGUUCCUGCUACAACUGCUACAACUAGAUCCACUAUAGAUACUGCUAGUAUACCCUCACCUUUACCUAUUACAGAAAACUAUGUAUCACAUACAACUAACUCUACGCGAAAGAAUAGUAUAUCUGAUAAGAGAGCUCCUCCAGAUAAUAUGAUAGGGAUACAUAGAGAUCGAUUUACAUUGAAGAGAACUAAGUCUAACCCUUUUUAUUCACCUUCUCAACAGAUUAGAAAUUUGGUUAUGAAGAAGAAAGGAGCUCUAGGGAGUACUAAUAGGUUUACAUUACAGAAAUCGUAUUCUAGUGAUGUUUUGCCUUUAAGUGAACAGAACGUCAAUGUGAGACGUACCAAUUCAACUACGAAUAAUGAUAAUACAAAGAAAUAA